UACCAGGCGACCGGGCCUGGAUACAGGUUAACCUCAGCUCGUCUUCUACCUCUCCCCUACGCCAACAUGAUAUAUAUGAAUCAAUGGGUGUGUACCCAGACUCAGUUCCACCAUAUACAGGGUGCAACUUUUGGAAACUCUACAGAUUACAGGGAUGGCAAUGGGGAGAUUUGCAGAGCCCAAGAUGGGUUUUGUGGUAUUGUUGUUGUGGUUCAUGUCAGGUGUUGCAGGAGCAGAGUACAUGGCGUACAAGGACCCUAAGCAGGAGGUUGAUGCAAGAAUUAAGGACUUGAUGGAUAGGAUGACACUUGAGGAGAAGAUUGGGCAGAUGACUCAGAUUGAGAGGAAAGUUGCAACUUUUGAUGUUAUGAAGCAAUACUUCAUUGGAAGUGUAUUGAGUGGAGGAGGGAGCGUACCAUGUCCUAAGGCCUCUGCUGAGGAUUGGGUAAAGAUGGUGAAUGAGAUUCAAAAGGGUGCUCUUUCCACCCGCCUUGGAAUCCCUAUGAUAUAUGGAAUUGAUGCAAUCCAUGGCCACAACAAUGCCUACAAUGCCACCAUUUUUCCUCACAAUAUUGGGCUUGGUGUCACCAGGGAUGCAGAACUUGUGAAAAGAAUUGGAGCUGCAACUGCACUUGAAGUCCGAGCUACAGGGAUCCCAUAUGCUUUUGCUCCCUGUAUAGCUGUCUGUAGAGAUCCUAGAUGGGGCCGUUGUUAUGAAAGCUACAGCGAAGAUCACAAGAUUGUUCAAAUGAUGACCGAGAUCAUACCUGGUUUACAAGGAGACCCCCCAGCUAACUCUAUGGGCGUUCCCUUCGUUGCAGGAAAGACGAAAGUUGCGGCCUGUGCUAAGCAUUUUGUUGGAGACGGUGGCACGGUGAAGGGCAUUGAUGAGAGCAACACUGUAAUUGACUUAAACGAGCUACUUAGCAUUCACAUGCCUGCAUAUUAUGAUUCGAUUAGGAAGGGCGUUGCAACUGUUAUGGUAUCAUACUCCAGCUGGAACGGCCACAAGAUGCACGCUAACCGUGAUCUUGUAACCGGGUUCCUCAAAGACAAGCUCGAGUUUGAGGGAUUCGUGAUUUCAGAUUGGCAGGGCAUUGACAAGAUCACUGAUCCCCCUCAUUCUAACUAUUCUUACUCGGUUCAAGCUGCAGUUCUAGCGGGAAUUGACAUGGUUAUGGUCCCCGAGAAUUAUACGGAAUUCAUUAACGAUUUGAGUUCCCUAGUGAAAAACAAGGUUAUCCCAAUGAGUAGGAUCGAUGAUGCUGUGGAGCGUAUACUGAAGGUUAAGUUUGUGAUGGGUCUUUUCGAGAACCCCAUGGCUGAUUUCAGCUUGGCAAACCAACUGGGGAGUCAGGAGCAUAGAGAGUUGGCAAGAGAAGCAGUGAGGAAAUCAGCUGUGCUUCUGAAGAAUGGGAAAAGUGAUAAUCAGCCAUUACUGCCUCUUCCCAAGAAAGCAGCAAAGAUUCUUGUGGCUGGAAGCCAUGCACACAAUCUGGGCUACCAAUGUGGAGGCUGGACCAUUCAAUGGCAGGGUGUUGCGGGCAAUGAUCUUACAACUGGAACCACUAUUUUAACAGCCGUGAAGAACACAGUCGACCCUUCCACCCAAGUUGUCUACGAAUCCGAUCCAGACGCAAGCUUCGUCAACUCCAACAACUUCUCCUACGCCAUUGUUGUGGUGGGCGAGGUCCCAUACGCCGAGAUGUGGGGCGACAGCUCCAACCUCACGAUAAAAGAGCCGGGAGGCAGCACCAUCGGAAAAGUGUGCGGCGCAGUCAGAUGCGCGGUGGUUGUGAUCUCCGGCCGGCCAGUGGUGUUAGAGCCUUACGUAGCGGAGAUGGAUGCACUGGUUGCUGCGUGGCUGCCGGGAAGCGAAGGGCAGGGGGUGGCUGAUGUUUUGUUCGGCGAUUAUGGCUUCUCCGGCAAGCUUGCUCGCACUUGGUUCAAGUCGGUUGAUCAGCUGCCGAUGAACGUCGGCGACGCUCAUUAUGAUCCCUUGUUUCCCUUUGGGUUUGGCCUCAUAACCUCUGGUUCUAUUUAAUUUGGCAAAGAAAAUAAUACUAAUUAUAAUGUAUUUUGAAUUUAUUGUAAAAUGAUGUCUAUCUAUAUAAUUAAUUGCACUCCGU